AUGCUUGAGACUCUGGCUUCACCACAGACUUAUACUUCUUCACACUCCCUUAAGAUAUACAACUUUCUUUCUUCUGUCGGCUUCCUCGUCUUUUCUAAACACUCUUUAGUCGUCACGGACGACAUAUGCUCCAAGAUCAAGAUGGCACCCACUAAAGCGGUUGACGACCGCAAUGGCGACAUCGAAAGCAGGCCUGAAGAAGAGACGCCGUUAUUGUCACACGACUUGCCACCCACAGUCGCCCCAAGCCGUAGAUACCAGCUAAAGGUCAUUGGUCUGGCAAUGACCUUUAUUCUUAUCGUCGAAGUUGGCGCCUAUCUUCAGAUCCCGCCUUCAUAUCAGCUCAUGGAAGAAAUUAUCUGUCGCCAACGCUACCCCGACCACAUCAUCUCGGCCGAGGAUGACGAUGUAUGCAAAGGGCCGGAUGUACAAGGCCAGCUGGCCAUGAUUAAAGGCUGGCAAAACUCAUUUGACUGCGUCCCGUCAUUGCUCACUGCGAUUCCCUACGGAGUUAUUGCAGACAAGUAUGGCCGCCGACCAGUCCUAUCUUUGGCCAUGCUAGGUAUUACGCUGGAGCUUGCCUGGAUGCUGCUGCCCCUUCUGUGGCCCAAUAUUCUCCCUCUUUGGACCAUGUGGUUCGGAGCAGCUUUCCAAUUCAUAGGUGGAGGCGCAGGCAUGAUUCAAGCCAUGACCUGGACCAUGAUCUCUGACGUCGUCCCCAUUUCCAGCCUGACCGCGGUUUACUACAAGAUUGGCGCAAUCGCGCUUGCGGGAGAGCUUGUAGUUGCGCCUCUCAGCGCCUACCUAUUGAGCAAGAACCCAUGGCUGCCUCUCAGCGUCGGCAUGGUCCUCUUAAUCAUCGGCACAUGCCUGCCGCCUUUCAUCCCAGAAACCCUGGAGCUCCGCCGCGCCGCUGAUCAAGAGGUCGAGCAGACACUCUCGCGGUCCGAGGAAGACGCGAGGGACAAGCGCACACUCAAGCAGCAGAUCAUCUUCGCCGUGAAGAACGACAUGGGCCAUGUCUACACCUUUUUGAUCAAGUCCAAGAGCGUGAUUUCCCUCGUCCUCGGCUUCAAUCUCACAGUUAUCGUAAAGUAUGUCAAGAUAGACAUCAUGUCGCAAUACGUGCACAACUUGCUGGGCUGGUCUUGGGCAAAAGCAACGCUCUUGGGAACUGUCUCGACGGUUACAAACAUGGUCAUGCUGCUCGCCAUUCUCCCCGCGCUGAGCUGGCUGAUCACCAAGCGUACGGGAGUGCAUCCUCUAGUUCGGGAUCUCUGGCUCACCCGAAUGAGCGGCAUCCUCCUGGCUGUCGGGUGCUUCAUGGUCGCCAUUGCAUUCGCGCCUUGGUUUCUAAUUACUGCCCUCAUCAUUUUCUCCAUGGGCACCGUUUACACAAAUAUUUGCCGAGCCAUCCUCAACGCCGUAGUCGAGCCGCACACGAUAGGUACCCUAAACACGGCAAUCACCUGGGUGGAACAAGUGAGCCUGCUGGUUUCGGCUCCGGUGAUUUCGGGCUUGCUGAAAGCUGGCAACUCGGCAGGAGGCAUAUGGCUCGGUCUGCCGUAUAUGGCCGCGACUGUCAUGGCUAUUGCUGGUACUGCGAUCGCGUUUGCCUAUCUUAUCCUCAAUUUCUCGUCAUCCUCAAUUUCUCUGGAGAUGGCAAGAUUCGAGGUCAUGAUCAGCUACCUGCCCGUAUUCCCGGUCUUGGCCCGCGAUGUCCGCCACCGCUGGAUGGCGGGGGUGGGGUCGCCGCAUGAUGUAACGGCGAAGCGAACCAACGACUUUUUUACGGCAACUCGCACCGCACGACCUGACUUUUUCUCCCCGCCACCCCUACCCACCAACCCCGCCAACCUGCCCAUCAUAGGCCGCCGACGCCGCGAGAAACAUCCCAAGGGCCGGCCCAACUCCAACCGGCCGCGCAAGAAGAUGGGUAACGAGGAGUCGACGAUGCUGGACGACAGCGUCCAGCCCAAGACGCUCGAGUCGCGCUCGCUGGAGGCCAUUGCUGAUUACAUCAAAUCCGGCGAUGCGAAAAAGAUUGCCGUCAUGACCGGCGCCGGAAUCUCCACAGCCGCUGGCAUCCCCGACUUCAGGUCACCCGGCACCGGCCUCUACGCCAACUUAGCCCGCUUGAACCUCCCCUACGCCGAAGCCGUCUUCGACAUCUCCUACUUCCGCAAGCACCCCGAGCCCUUCUACUACCUCGCCAAAGAGCUUUACCCGGGAAAAUUCCACCCCACCGUCUCUCACGCCUUCAUCGCCCUGCUCGCGAAGAAGGGUCUCCUGCAGAUGAACUUUACACAAAACAUUGACUGCCUCGAGAGGCGUGCCGGCGUGCCGGACGACAAGAUCAUCGAGGCGCACGGCAGCUUCGCCACCCAGCGCUGCAUCGAGUGCAAGGACCCCUUCCCCGCCGACCGGAUGGAGAAGCAUGUCCAGGACGAAAACGUGCCCAAGUGCGAUUCCUGCGGCGGGCUCGUGAAGCCGGAUAUCGUCUUCUUUGGGGAGGCGCUGCCGGAGGCGUUCCGCGAUAAUACACAUCUGCCCGCCGUGGCUGAUUUGAUUGUGGUCAUGGGGACGAGUCUCUCGGUCUACCCCUUUGCUGGCCUGGCCGAGGCUUCGAAAUCUGGCGUGCCGCGGUUGCUGCUCAACAGGGAACGGGUGGGACAGAUGGGUCGCAGGGCGGAUGACGUUGUUGAGUUGGGGACGUGCGAUGCUGGGGUUCGUAAGCUUGCUGCCCUGCUUGGCUGGGGCGACGAGCUAGAGGCGCUCUGGCGCGGUAUUGUGGGCAAAAAGGAGGCCGAGAGGCAGCUUGCGUCAGCCGCUGGCGAAGGCGAGGAUGAUUUGGAGGAGGAGAUUCGGAGAGUUACCGAGGGUGUCGACACGGCGCUCAAGCUCGACGACGACAAGGACGACGAAAAGGAAGGGGAUGCCACGGAGAAUACCAAGGAAACGGAAGAAGUCGGCUUUCCUUUACGGCAAGACGGCGGAAGCGACACCGAGGACGCGCAGAAGAGCAUCCCCGAGGGCGUCGUCCAGAGAAUGUCCAAGGCAAUCCAGGGGCAAGGGGGCGAGAUCGGCACGGACAUCAAGGACGAUCGCGGCCGCGAGGGGAGAACCGUCAACGGAUCUGAAGGCGCACCGCAGGACGCAAAGGACUUCCGGAUCGAGGCCAAGAAGAAGAUUCAGCUUGCGGCGCAGGGGGCCGCCACCCCUCUCGACGAGGUUGCCAUCGUUUUCGACGCUUCUGCGCCUGUGGCUGAGAUGAAACGCGAGGAUCCCAAGAGCGCUGAGUUGCUGAGUGGGGUUUCUCGGUAUGAGGAGACGUCCGCGCCUGCUGCUGGUGUGGACAAGGAGUCGGCGGCGGGUUCGAAGGCUGAGUCGGAUUUUGCUUCUACAACGGCACAAGAAGCCUCCGGGAGUGUAGAGAAAGAGGAGAAGCCUUCAUCGGGCGACUCAAAGUUAUGA